GCACUUUUAAACCAGCUUAGAGCUGUGUUUGAUCAGAUUAUUGAACUUCGGAAUGCUCAGGAUGCAAUAUACAGAACUGCUUUGGAAGAAUUACAGAGACGAUUGCAGUUUGAAGAGAAAAAGAAACAGCAUGAAAUUGAGGGCCAGUGGGGAGUGACGGCAGCAGAGGAAGAGGAGGAGAACGAGAGGAUUCAAGAGUUUCAAGAGUCUAUACCAAAAAUGUGUUCGCAGUUGCGAAUAUUGACACAUUUCUACCAGGGUAUCGUGCAGCAGUUCCUGGUGUUGCUGACGACCAGCUCUGAUGAAAGUCUCCGGUUUCUCAGCUUCAGGUUGGACUUCAACGAGCAUUAUAAAGCUCGAGAGCCACGACUCCGCGUGUCUCUGGGCACCAGAGGGCGACGCUGCUCCCGCACGUGAGGCGCCUGCGUCACCCCAGGGAGCUGCAGGUGCUGUGACCGGCGUCAUUGACAUAAACAUUCACAUGCAGGUCCUCGGGGCAGCGACAUGCCGCGGUGUCCCCCGUUCCUGCCCAUGCAUCUCAGUGUGUCAGCGGCUUGGUGCACGGGGGAGCUAGAGUCCUGUGUCAUGCGUCGGAGUGCAGUGUAUUUGUGAUGUCAAGGAGUUAAAUAGGCCGGUUUGCAUCACUCAAGCUUAUUUCUAUAAGUCUUUCUAGUUAAAAGAUACCGGAACUUGUUGUGGCUUCUUAAGCUCACCGUACAUCAUUUAUAUUUGUCAUGUUUUGAAACAAUUCGUUUCUUUUAGAGAUAAUUAGGGUGAAGGGUAUUUAUCAGUUAACACAGUAAAGUUAUUGCUAUUUUUUUAACAUCUUCACAGGCAAUUUUUGUUAACAUAAUCAGAUUAAAUUGAAACAAAUGACCCUACAAAUAAAAUAUAGAGAGUAUCUUAUUUCGGUGUUUUCAGUGCUGUAAACUAUUAAUCUCUAUGAAAACCUUUGUAUCUUAAUGCAUUUACCUUUACACAUGUUUAUUCUUAUUUUCUCUUCUUUCAAAGUUUACAUUUUUAUAUUCAAUUUACUAUUUCAGAUAACUUCUAAACUAGUAUAGAAAAAAGGAGUGACAUAGAAGAAAAACAUCCUUAAUCGGUGCAGCCAAAUUUCUCGAAACCAUCAGCUGACACAGUGUGUAUAUAUGAGUGACUAAAAAGUUAAUGUACUAUUUUAUUUUCAGAAUUCUGAUAAGCAUUGGAAAGAAAUGGACUUGGAUAAUGAAGAUUUCCUUUUCCUUGCCUAUUUUUUCAUUGUAAAUAUUUAUCUACUACUAACCAGAUGAUCGGGGCACUGUUUUUUGUAAACAUGUCAUGUCUGGCCACAUAAAUCUGCCUUUAUUAUGUUGCCUAAGUGAAAACUUAGAAAUUAAAAAUUAAAUUAUCUUUCAAAUGUA